AUGUUGACGACAAAGACGUACACAAAAUUCUUUUCGACGUUCCGCUCGUCCGCCGAACUUGUUCGUCGUUCCCUUCUUCCACCAAGAACGUUAAACCCGGCACCGGCAACCUACCCAAAAACCCUAUCUGGAGCGACCCAAAAUCUUGAACUCCGCUCCUCCUCCUUCCGCCCGCCCACCUGCCAUUCUCCUCCCGCGGUCCCACUUCAUCGCCUCCACCCCGCGAGGCUGCUGUCGGCGGCAGCCGGUGCUGCUGCUGUUUCAGAUGAUGGUCUCCAACUCCAAGACGGAAAUAAAGUCACAAAAGGUGGUGAUGGGAAGAUGGUUACUGCCACAAAGAAGGGUGCUGCUGUGCUGGAUCACCACAUUCCUGACCACAUAAAACAGGCCUAUCAUGUCUUGCAAGUGGGUGAUCAGAUCUAUGAUGCCACCUUGAACCAGACUAAUGUUGGUAGCAACAACAAUAAGUUCUAUAUCAUCCAGGUUUUAGAACCUGAUGCUGGUGGACACUUCAUGGUUUACAAUAGAUGGGGGAGAGUAGGGGCAGCAGGCAAAGAUAAGCUACUUGCCUUUCCAAAACGAGGCCGAGCAAUCUAUGAAUUUGAGAGGAAGUUUCAGGACAAAACUAGUAACCUUUGGUCUAACCGCAAAAAUUUUAAACCUUAUGCAAAUAAAUACACUUGGCUUGAAACGGACUACGGUGAAACUGAGAAGGAAACAAACAAGACUGAGAAGAAAGGCUCCAUGACUGAUCGGAUAAAAGAGACACAGCUAGAAAUUCGAACUGCACAAUUCAUAUCCCUGAUUUGCGAUAUUAGCAUGAUGAAGCACCAAAUGGUGGAAAUAGGUUAUAAUGCCGAUAAACUUCCCCUUGGAAAGCUAAGCAAAUCUACAAUACUGAAGGGGUAUGAUGUCCUGAAAAGGAUAUCCAAUGUUAUUUCAAUGGCAGACAAGGGACAGCUUGAGCAAUUGACUGGGGAAUUCUACACCGUGAUUCCACAUGACUUUGGUUUCAGAAAGAUGAGUGAAUUUAUUAUCGACACUUCUCAGAAACUAAAAGCUAAGCUGGAAAUGGUUGAAGCACUAGGUGAGAUUGAGAUUGCAACCAAGCUUUUAGAGGAUGAUUCAAGUGACCAGGAUGAUCCGCUAUAUGCUCGAUACAAGCAACUUCGUUGUGACUUCACACCUCUUGAAGCUGAUUCAGAAGAAUACUCUAUGAUAAAAACAUAUUUGAUGAACACCCAUAAAGAAACACACUCGGGCUAUACUGUGGACAUUGUGCAAAUAUUUAAGAUGUCACGGCAUGGUGAAACACAGCGGUUUCAAAAGUUUGCUAGUACAGGAAAUAGGAUGCUUUUGUGGCAUGGUUCUCGGUUGAGCAACUGGGCGGGGAUCCUUUCUCAGGGUCUGCGAAUUGCUCCCCCUGAAGCACCUGUUAAUGGUUACAUGUUCGGCAAGGGUGUUCACUUUGCUGAUAUGUUUUCAAAGAGUGCAAACUACUGCUGCGCUUCGAAAUCAUCUAGAUCUGGAGUCCUGCUUCUAUGUGAGGUUGCAUUGGGCGAUAUGAAUGAGCUACUAAAUGGAGAUUACAAUGCUAAUAACCUACCCAAUGGAAAGCUAAGGACCACCGAUGAUGGUGUGCUUGUUCCACUUGGGAAACCUACUAAACACGAAUCGUCCAAAACGGCUUGCUUGCGUUACAACGACUACAUAGUGUAUAAUGUAGAUCAGAUAAAAAUGCGGUAUGCCCUCCAUGUUACCUUCAACUUCAAGAGACGCUAG